CUCAUAAAAGGGUGCCUCUGCUAAGCUCUAAGGAACCUCAUCCAGCAGAGCUACACACAACAGCUUUCCCUGCAGAGAUCUCCCAGCAUCUACAGAGUCCCUCAAGUAACCCCUAGUGGGGUGAAGGAAGGAUGGGAAGUGCUUUCAGUCAUGAGGCUGAAUACCUUAAGAAGAAGAGGUCCUAUGAGCCUCUCUAUUUCCAUCCCAAGGCCAAGGGCAACCAGAUCCUGCUGAAUGACUGCUAUUCGAGGGCAGAAAGGAUAUCUACCUUUCAUGAUGGCAUUGUCUUUACCAACCGGCCAAUCCAGCCUUAUGAAAUAGUAACCCUCAGGAUCCUGGAGAUGGAAGAUAAAUGGAAUGGUGGACUUCGAGUAGGGUUCAGCUGCUUGGACCCCUCAAAUAUCAACCCUUGCAGCUUGCCCCCUUUUAUCUGUCCUGAUCUAAUAGCCCAAUCUCCCACUUGGGCAGCUGUCUUGCCUGAUCAGUUCAUUAAAGUUGGAGAUAUCAUCCACUUCUGGGUGAACAACUCAGGAAAAGUCUUCUUGAGAACCAACGAGGUCAAAAAGUUUCCUUUACUUGGCAGAGUGGCUGUGAGCUCUCCUCUUUGGGCUGUGUUGGAUGUCUAUGGAACUACAAAAGCCAUCGAGCUGCUCACUCCUAUGAGUAAACCUUGCUGGCCCAGACUUGUGACACCAAAGUUCAAGGAUGAACCUCAAGACUUCUGUUUCUGCUUCCCAGAUGGAGAUGAAGAAGAAUGUUCCGUCUGUUUUUACCAUGCCAAGAACACUUGGCUUUUUCCUUGUGGCCACACCAUCCUCUGCUAUUGCUGUGCCAAUCGCAUCUUCAGAGACACUGCCAAGUGCCCCAUGUGCCGUUGUAAGAUUGAGCUAUUCUAUCUACAAAAUAAAUUCACUCCAGCAGAUCCUUCGAAUUUCUCUUCAACAUCUACUAUUGCAGUGGAAUCCAGGCAGUGCUGAGGCAGGAGCACCAAGACCAGCUAAUCGUCUUCUCAUGACACCCUCUCCUCAAAGCUGGCCUUGCCAUUUCAUACUGAAUAAAGAGACUUUGUCAGUGACUUCUUUGAUAUUACCCAUCCAAGCUCUGUCACUUAACUCCUUGUGUGAACCUGGCCAACUCAUUUAAUGCCUCUCAGACUCAAAUUCCUCAUCUGUAAAAUGGGGAUGCUACCUACCUCAUAGGCUUGUUGAAGAAAUGAAUAAUGUACAGUAUUUAAUAUAAUCAUAAAGCACUACAUGCUUAUAAACUUUUGUCACUGUUAUUUUUUCUUUAAUGGAACAUAUGAGUGGUAGGAAAGAGAUGAAUGACUAUCAGAGCCUGAGUAAAGACCAAGGAAGUAGGACAGGGAAAGAUAGAAGCAAAAGGCAAAAGUGUCCCCUCCCCUCUUCCACUCUCCCCACUUCCCUACCACACCACCACCACUCCCACUUCACAAAAAGUAGGGGAGGAAGGAUCUGGGAUAGGGGUUGGGGAUUCCAGAAUCUCUGAGAUGGAAGGGACCUUAGAGAUACUUAAUUCAACCUUUGCCCAAAUAUAUUGGGGAAGAGCAUUCCCA